UCGCCCCAGAAGUCAGAACGUAUCCAGUCAUUGAAAGGUGAAGUUAGAACCUGACCUGUCAGUCACAAUGGGGGUGAAGGGCUUGUCGUCGCUGCUGAAGGACUACAGCCAGAUCUACCAGGACAUCCACUUCAGGGACAGCAAGCUGCUGGUGGACGGCACUAACCUGGCCUACGACAUGUAUGACAUGGCCAACCUGGACCAGAACCACGGCGGGGAGUACCUGGCAUACAAGGUCCAGAUCCAAGCUCUCUUCAAGGCUCUGAUCGACUGUGAAAUCAAAGCAUACGUUGUGAUUGACGGAGGCUCGGGCACAAGUGACAUCAAAUUGGACACCAGGAUGGCCCGUCAAAGAGCCCGUCUGGAGAAGAUCCCUGCUGCUCUGAAGGGCAAAAAAAUGGGCAUCUUUCCCCCCUCUAUCAUGUCAGUUUUUGAACAGACGCUGAACGACAUGAAGGUGCCGCUGGUCAAGUGCUUCGGAGAGGCUGACGGCCAGCUGGCUGCCCUGGCCAAAGAGUGGUCCUUCCCGGUGCUGUCCGGAGACACCGACUUCUUCAUCUAUGCCCUACCGAAGGGGGUUCUGCCCCUGCAUAACUUCCAGUGGGACUCAGUUAAAAGAACUGAGGCCAGUAGCUACAUCCCCUGCAAGCUAUACACCACGUCCAGCUUCUGCACCUUCUUCAACAUCAACGACCAGCUGCUGCCCGUCUUCGCCUCGUUGGCCUGGAACAACUACGUCAACCUCAAAGAUGAGUCAACAAGAUGUACCAGAGGCAGUGCACCGGGAAGACCUACAAUGCCCCAAAGGGCCUCCCGCCUGGAGGGUCUCCUGAGUUGGCUGGGAGCCAGGAAUGACCGGACGACAGAAGACACCUUGACAGCAGCGAUGGCCGACAUGAGUCAACAGGCGCGGAGGGAGGUGCAGAAGUCCAUGCUGGAGUACCGUCUCCCCAGCUCCUCUCUGUUGGGGUACUUCCUUGAGGGCACUGUUCCGCCGCUGCCUGCUGAGUUGAGCUGGGUCCCUGAGUGGGUCUGUGCGUCCCUGACCAGAGGAGGCCUUGGAGCUGACAUAUUGAUGCACAGACGGAAGAUUCUGCGGAUCCAGGUGGAGAGCAGCAACCUAAAGAGCUCCAACCUCACCUCGAAGCCCAUCCGGCAGAUGUUGUACGGGGUGUUGCUGGCCCAGGGGGGGGGUGAGGUGGAGGAGGUGGACAGAGUCGGUCUUGAGCCCAACAGGGUCAAGGUGCAACCACUGGUCCAAGGAGCCGCUCAGAGGCUGAGGCUGGACUCUCUACCCCAGGCAGACCGCGCUGUGAGGCUGCAGGUGUGUCUGGAGACGCUGGGCGUGGAGGAAGAGACGAUGGAGGGAGUUCCGGCUCACCUGCGCCUCCCAGUGGCUGUGACCCGCUACUGGCUGAGGAGGGCCAGCCCUGAGCCGACGCUCCUCAAAGCUCUGCUGAUGGUCAUGGUCCAAGGAGAACUGAUGAGGCAAAAUGGGACAGCAGGCUGGCAGGGAUAUACCAACCACCACUCUCAGCCUCUGGAUGGUGUCGUGGCUCACAGCCUCAACCAAUGGCAGGCCUGCCUGAAGGACGCCUCCCAGCUCAACCUGCUGCUCUGCAAGCCCCUCCCUGAACCCCACUUCGCCUGGUUGUACCAGGGCAGGCUGGUGCACCGGCGGCAGAAGCAGCUCCAGGAGAGGGAGCCAGAGGACAUCGUACAGGACGACCAGUUCAAGAGACUGUACAGGAGGCUCCUGGGAGCAGUGACCCAGCCAGAGAGGAGAGCUGGGGGGCCUGAGGCCCAGCUGAGGGCCAGCAUGGAGCACCUUCACCUCAACACCCAGGAUGAGGAGGAGGAGGAGGAGCUGGGCGGGGCUGCAGGCCUGGAUCAGGGCUCUGAUAGGCCUAGGGUGACGGUUAGAACACGCUACAGAACCAAAGACAGGAAGGACCGGUCCAGAAACCCAGAGCUGUGGAGGAAGCAGGAGAGGGAGGGGUGGUUGUGAGCAGGUAGGGGCGGUGUUCCAGGGGUGGGGGCAAUAGGGCAGCUGUUAGAUCAGGGUGUCGCCUCACUGUGCACUUUGAAUCUUGGUGUGUUGGCGUAUCCUGAGCUAUGCUUCUCGACAUUUCACUUUCAUUUCACGAUGUCGGGACAUUCCUGGCGGGCGUCAUUGUUGUAAAACUUGUCAAAUGCGUGAGGAACUCCAGCCUACCCUGAAAACGUUGGCGUAUGAAUAUAUUCUAUAAAGCUUCUUAAGAACAAUGUGCGACUCUGUGGGGAAGACCUUUGACUACUUAAUGAUAUAU